GGGCCAGCUUUGGUCUGGAUUUAUGUGGAUGCUGGGAAAUUGAACAGUAUGCUUUCCACCAGUCCAACAACAGAGAAGUUAAAGUGGCAAGUAAUGGUGAGAAACAGGGGAUAUUUAUCCAGUGUGGCCACACUGAGAAGAAUGAAUCAAGAAGUUGAGUGACUGAGCAAGAUCCAUCUUUGGGGUCCUGAAAUGAGGCUUAACUUUAAGUAAAAGGCAAAAGGAUUCUCUAUGGGGCUUUCCCCAUAGCAGCCUCAAUAAGCACAGAUUUCCUGCCAGAAAGUUUAAACCAUCUCUUUCCUGACACUGUCAAGGAUAUAAAGAAAAGACAAUUAUUUUAAAGCUAGUGUUUGGAGGCCUAACUAUGGGUUUUGGAGACCUUCUUCAACAUGUUGGUGAUACUGGAAAAUUUCAGAUUUUCAUGAUCAUCCUUGGUUCAUUCUUGAAUAUGCAAUUAUCCCCUCAUGACUUCAUGGACAACUUUGUAGCAGCCAUCCCUGCUCACCACUGUUACGUCAGCCUUCUUGACAAUCUCAGCUCUGAAGCCAAUAUCACCAUGAACAUGACCACAGAAGCCUUGCUGAAGGUCUCUAUUCCAAUGGGCCCAGACCAGAAACCUGAGCCAUGCCAUCGGUUCCGCCAGACCCAGUGGCAACUCUUAGAUCCUGAUGUGUCACCCUCCAAUAACACUGAGCUACAGACAGAGCCGUGCCUGGAUGGGUGGACAUAUGACCACAGUGUGUUCACUUCUACCAUCAUCACUGAGUGGGACUUAGUAUGCGAUUAUCAGUCAUUCAAAUAUUUGGAACAGGCUAUCUCCCUGGCAGGGCAUUUGGUGGGCAUUGCGAUAAAUGUCAUGCUGUCUGACAGAUUUGGACGGAAGCCACUGGUGGUCUGCUGUUGCCUAAUCUAUGGGCUCCUAGGCACAUGCUGUGCGGUUGUUCCCACCUUCGCUCUGUUCUGUGCCCUGCGAUUCAUUAUGUCUGCCUCCGUGACUACUCUGCAAUGCACUGUCAGUAUACUCGUUUUGGAAGUAAUCUCCCUCAAAUGGUACCCUGCAGUUGUGGCACUCUUUGGAUUAACUCUUAGCACCGGACAUGCAUUACUUGGAGGACUAGCUUAUGUUUUCAGAGAUUGGCACAAGCUCCAACUGGGCAUAGCCUUGCCAUUCUUACUAGUUUCUCUCUUCAUCUGGUGGGUGCCAGAGUCAGUCCGCUGGCUCAUGGCAACUGGAAGAACAAAGCGAGCAGUGAAGGAACUACAGAGAAUCGCCUACUUUAAUGGGAAGAAAGAUGUUGCACAAAGUCUGACAAUUGAGGUUCUGAGAUGUGAAAUGAAGGAAGAACUGGGUACAGUCAAAGCACAUGUCAUCGGAAUAAAGGAAAUCAUUGUUAAUCCUACAGCACGCAGAACAAUGCUAUGUUUGUUCGGCCUUGUGUUUUCACUUGUUUUCAGCUUUUUUGGCUUUAUGAUGGAUAUUGAGCAUUUUGGAAAGGACAUGUUCUUGGUUCAGUUUUUACAAGGAAUAACAGACUUUCCCUGCAAAGUAAUUGCAUAUUUUAUAGUAAGACAUGUCAAACGUCGCCCUUCAGUAGCCUUUUUACAAUUUGUGUUGGGAAGUUCUAUUUUGGUCAACAUUUUUGUGCCCAAAGAACAUAAUAUGCAUCUUUUUAUUUUUCUUGUGGGUAGAGCUUCCUUUGCAGCUCUCACUGUCACGUAUAUGGCUUUCACUAAUGAACUGUCACCAACAAUUAUAAGGUCCACCUUACAGAGCAGUUUUGGUUUUGCUCAGAAAUUAUCAUCGAUCUUCUCUGUUUUAACACUUAAAACUAGAGACUAUUUUGUCCAUCUUCCCAUGAUUCUUUGUGGGACUAUUCCUAUUGUAGCUCUAGUUUUCCUUUGCUAUCUACCAGAGACUUUCAGUCAUCCACUUUUGGAUACGAUCCAGGAAAUGGAGCAAAGGGACAAGUUUAGGAACAAAAGACCUGGAGAAAAGCAAAGCAAAAUUCUCUUGGAAACCACUGGCUGCUAGGGAGCCGAAAUGUAUCCACACAAUGGAAAAUCAAGCAAUCAGGCAUAUUUUCACAUAGUGUUUUAUUCUUUUCUGUAAAUGUUUAGACCUUGGUGGGCAGUCAUUAACAUAAUCAUUAGAUAGGUGAUUCAUAAAAAAAAUCUCAGUGAAGAAAACAUGAUAUAAGAGACAUAUUCAGAGCUAUAGGAGAUGUACGUAUCAUUGUGUCCAAGAUUUAGAGAACAUUGAAGAUGAGAUGGGCAGAAAGAACAUAGCCAAAAAUGUAAAAAUGAGGAGUGCUGCAAUAUGAUGUCUUCCAGGCAUCAUGUGGAUGUUGUAUUCAUGACCCCACACUGACGACUGAUAACCUGUAAGUCAUUGGACCCAUCAACAUUGCAUCAUGGAUGACUAAAUGGGACCCCAAAACACAUCAAAGUAGAAAAGUAGAAGGACUAGUGGAAAGAAUAGGAGGCUCAGGGGAAGGGGGCAAGCUGAAAUAGAUGGAGGGGCUUAUGACCAAAAUUCAUUAUUUACAU